CGAGUCCCCCUUUCUCUGGGCUUUGGCGUUGUGAGGAGACGGAGACGGAUGUCUGUCUAGAGCGAAGAACAAAAACACUCUUUAAAACUGAAUUUGUUGUAAAUGGGGGAAAUAUAUAUCCGUCGUUUUCAACAAACCUAUUCCAGCUGUUUACAUAUCAACAACUAAAAUUAUUUAACGUUAUUUAUUUUUUUUGUGAUUUUCUCAUUAACGGCUGUGUAAAAGAAAAAUGGAGUCAGCGGUUAGCCGUUACCAAGUGUUGCACAAUGAGGAUGAGCCUUCUGAAACAAGCCUUGCCGAAGAGCCUUGCACCUCAUCCCAGGCUGCUGCUGCUAGCAACCCGGUCACCAUGGCAUCAGGCAGUGAGAUUCCGCCCCCGUCUUAUGCCAGCUUGGCGUUAGGAGCUACAUCCACUCCGGAACAUGUGUUUCAAGGGGAUUUUCCCGUUCCACCCCCCUACAGUGUGGCCACAUCGCUCCCCACCUAUGAUGAAGUGGAGAAAGCCAAAGCAGCUGAAUUGGCAGCCUCAACUGGGGACAGCAUACCACGAGAUGAGGAUUUUCCUCCUCGAGAUGAUUUCAGUGAUGUUGAUCAGCUGCGUGUCGGAAACGAUGGCAUCUUUAUGCUGGCCUUCUUCAUGGCUUUCUUGUUUAACUGGAUUGGAUUCUGCUUGUCCUUCUGUCUCACUAACACCAUUGCCGGCCGUUAUGGAGCAAUUUGUGGAUUCGGCCUGUCGCUUAUCAAGUGGAUCCUCAUCGUCCGGUUUUCUGAUUAUUUCACCGGGUAUGUUAAUGGACAGUACUGGCUCUGGUGGAUAUUUCUGGUUCUGGGUCUGCUGCUGUUCUUUAAAGGUUUUGUGAACUAUUUGAAGGUGAGGAACAUGUCCGAGGCCAUCGCCAGCACACAGAGAGCUCGCUUCUUUUUCCUCUAUUAAAGGAUCACGUUCCCAAACACACCUCCUGCUGAUUUGUAACUUACUGAACCCAAAUAAGAGCAGGAAGUGGAUGCAGUGGGAAAUGACAUGGAGAAAAAGAGUGAGAGAAUGGACAAUAAGGAGCUCUUCAAAAAAAUCUGGCCCUUAUUAAAGCCACUCAAGCUUCAUCAAAUCGUCAUUUCAUCUCUGUAUCUCUGAUACAGAUGUCUUUUGCCAAAAUUCCAUAUAGUUUAAUAUUGAAGUUUGCUGUUUGGGAAAAUAUUUACUGUUGAAUGACGAUCUACAAACCGCAUGCAGUCAAUAAAAAACGAACAAAAGCCCUCGUAAAUAUGCAGCCAAGAUGUCCUAUGCAAGUUUGUUCAUUUAAAUGGAAACAGUGAUUUGUCGAUCAUUAACGCAUUUGGAAUUAAGGACCUUGGCAACUUUUAUUGCAGUAUUAACAUGUGCUUGAUUAAUUUAAUUGUUUAAAUAAUGAUAAGGUCAAACUUCAUUCUGAUGUACAAUAUUUUUGCACAUUUUUGAGAAGGUUCUGAUGUUGUUUGCUUAAUUGUAUUGAGGAGCUUGUGGGAAUUUUAUUUAACUGUGUUGUGAUUAGUUACAUGCAACAUCCAAUAAAAUGGAGAGGAUUUGAGGGGAUUUAAAAAAUCCUCAGUUCCACCUCCUGUCCAUUUCAUUGGUUCAUUUGUAACCCUGUCUACUUUAAGGAGGUUUGCAUUUAGCUAAUUAAUACUCCCAUGUUUAACUAUAGAUUAGCAUUGUUAAAAUGUUAAGACUGGAAGUGCAAUUCUCAAAUAUUGCUUUUUGCACUUUUUUGUUAUUAGAUUUUUUUUUUAUUGAUGAAAUAAUAAUGUGUAAAUUUCCUCAAACUGUGAACAGGGAUUAGAUUAGAAAUAAUGUGGGAAAUGUAAACCGCCUUAAAUGCGGUGACUGUUCGAUCAGCAAUAGUGGAUGAUAAAUAACAUAGCUCAGUGCAUGGUUAUAACACACAGCUGUGCCAUUUUAAACAAAAUAAUGAAAUAAAACUUGACAAAAUGCUUACA